CUCUCCGGUUCCCUGAGCACUCCCCACCUGCAGGAGAUGACGUCCACCCAGCUGGCCUGUGCCAACCCCUGCGAGGCCAAGUGUCCCCAGCCCUUGGCCAGCAGCAGCAACGAGCCCUGCGUGGUGACCUGCGGCGACUCGCGGGUCAUCAUCUACCCCCCGCCCGUCGUGGUCACCUUCCCGGGGCCCAUCCUCACCACCUACCCCCAGCAGACCGUCGUGGGAGCCUCGGAGCCCUCGGAGGUGGCCCUGGCGGAGCCGCCCGGCGCGGCCGCGCUGCCCACGGAGCUCUCGGGCAGGUUGGAGGCGGCCGAGAAGGUCCCGGCCCAGGCGCUGGCCCGGCCCGAGCCCCGCUGCGCCCCCAAGUACUCCUACACCUACUCCUCCCAGUGGACUCAUCCCUGCAAUUCCUACCGCUCCGGGAAGCGCUGGACUCACUGACCAUGGAAGGGGCGGCGAAGGAAAGGCCGGAGGGGAGUUUGGGGUGGAGCUGGGAGGCCCCACCGUGUGCUCUGGCUGCAGCCCCGGGACGGGCUCGCGCGGGCCCUGUCUCCUUCUGCCUUUAGCUUAGAGCUGCUCUCCACCUUUCCAGCGUAGUCGUUGCUGCCGUCGUGCUUUGCCUUAUUCCCGUUGCUUUGUGGGCACUGAACGUAGGGAGGCGACUCCGGGUGCCCGGCGCUGCCCAGGGCAGCACUGCCAGCAGGGGAGAGCCCAUUGUUUUUCACAGACUGCACCACCUGGAUGCUGGUGACUGAGCAGAGCCUCCCUGCAAAGGUGAUCUUUGUGUUCUGUACAGUUUGGUUCCACAUUUGUAGGAAAUAUUUGCCUCUUUCCAAAUAAAUGUUCUGUACCAAAA